GCAACAUUUCUCAAAUAAUUCAUAGAAGUACAUAUAUAUAAAAUGAAGCGAGUGAUAACGGUGUUCUUAGUACUCUGCAGCUUCCUACUGUUGCCAACGCAAAGGACAUUGGCACAAGAAGUUUUGCCGGUUGGCGACGAGUACGGCAAGGAUACGCAGUCAACGGUUUAUCUGAAACAAGAUGUGGAAGAAGAACCACUAACUGAAGGCCAGCCAAAAAAUAGUACUGCCAAUAACCUAAUCGACCUUGAAAAACUAAGAUUGAAGGAACGCGGCACGAACAAUGCUGAAAUAGAAGAUCAAAGCUCAAUUUCAGCCACACUGCAAUCCAAAGAAUCGCUAAGCGAAGAGUCGUCACAACCUCAAGAAUCUUCUUCUUCCGAAGGUCAACUUGAAGGAUCCAUUGACGCGGACAUUUCUCAGUCAAAUGAUUCCGGCAGUAGAUUGCAACUUGAAGGUGCAAUUAGUGCAGAUAUUUCUCAGUCAAACGACUCCGAAAUCGAAGCUGAACUUAAAGAUAAAAUUGGUGAAACUGCAGCAAAAAUUCUCGCAACGGAAAUCGAAGCUGCGAUCAAAGAAAAUUUGGAAUCUUCUCAGUCCGUAGCUGAAGUAAUUGAAAAUGAAAUAAUAACUACAACAGUGGCAGCGGAGAAAUUAGAAGGCUUAAUUUCAACGGAAACCCAACCAGAGUUUACGACAUUAAUGGAUGAAGAUAUUUCAACCACGCUUCCACCGACUUCUAAUGAACUGGAGGAACCGGAAGUCAGCACGACGCAGGACGAAAGCGAUGAUACAAAUGAACCGCUGGAAAGUAGUACGGAACAAAAACCUACUGAAUUGGAUACCGAAGAUACGGACACCACAACUACCACACCGGUUGCUGCAACGGAAUCGCCUUGUACUGAACCAGGUACAUAUUCUGUAGAGAAUAAUUGUCGCGCUUUUAUCAGCUGCAAACCCACAGCCACCAAUCAGCUGAUUAAAGCACAAACGGAUUGUCCUACCGGCCAGGCUUACAACCCGGCACUGCUGCGUUGCUCGCGGGAUCUCUCACCAUGCGCCGAUGCAUUGCGCUGCGUACAGGAAGGCACAUUUGCUGAUCCACAAGACAAUUCAUCCUACUAUUGGUGUGUGGCAUCACGGCUGACUGACGCUUUUCACAUUUAUCACAUCCAAUGUGGUAAUGGUCAAAUCUAUACACACGAACUGGGUAAAUGUUUCGUAGAUAUGACAAAUUUGCAGGACUUGCCGCUCAAUUACGAACUCUAUAUGAGUAAAUCCCCCGACGAGGAGUGCGUGCGUGAGGAGGUGAAGGUGUUGAAAGCCGAAGAGAAAGCCAAACUGAAAGAAGCGAAGCUGCGGGAGAAAAUACGUAAAAAGUAUGAAAAAGAGUUACUAAAGAAGGCGGCCAAAGCUGCAAAGGAACAGGCUAAAUUGCUGGGCAUUUCGCUGGAGGACGAGACACCGUUCAAUUGUGUAGAGGAGGGAAACUUUGCGGCAGCGGCUGAAAGUUUUUUCGAUUACUUCAUUUGCGUGAACAAGAAGGAUAAAUACAAGGCUGUCGGUAUGAAGUGCGUAGAUGGACAGAGUUUUUCAACAGCACAAAAUGUUUGUACGCCUUAGAACAGGAAGUUAAUAAAAUUUAAGUAAAUAUUGUUAUAGUAAAAAAGUUUAAAAAUAAAUUUAUAUUUCUAAUCAGAAACGUAAUCUAAUAUCCCAGACGAAAUGCCCGUUGUUAGGAAGCAUUUCAAAGCUCUGCUAUCUUCUGUUCAAGCGCUGUCCAGAUUGCGAAUGUGUUGUGCUGAGAGCCAAAGAUAAAUACGGAAAGAGAGAGCGUAUUCUGGCUGAACUAGCGCAAUUAAAAAGCAAUAACUUCAGUUUCAUAUUUUCAUUUUUUUUCCCUCACCACCACUUGGCAAAUUUCCAGGUGCUUUAAAAAUUUUGCCUGAUAAAAGAAUACCAGUAUGUGGGAGAAUACCAGUACAAAGGCGCAGAGCAUAUAUUGUGUAUGAGUUUAUCGUGAAACCGCUUUAUCAGUUAAUGAGUUGUAAUCACAAAUUUUGAUUUGGUUAAUGUUCAUACAUUUUAUAUAAAAGCUACUAGUAAGAUACAAGCGUCAGUUACUUACUUCUUAACGACUAAACGAGACGGAUCUAAAAUCCUUAGUUUAAUUAAAGAAUUUACGAAUAAAAAUUAUAAAAAUAUAUAAAAUAAUAAACGAA